CACGAACGAAAACGCCAGUUGAAAACUGUCAAAAACGUCGAAAACACGCGAUUCGUUUCGAUUUUUGUGGGAGCGGCUUCUGUUUUCUUCCACGAAAUUUAAAAUAAAUCUCGCAUUUUACUAUAAAUUUCAUCCAAUUUUCAUUGCAAGUGAAGUGUUAUUGUUAGAUCCAUCGGUGAUCCAAUGGAUGAAACAAAAAGUCCCGAGAUGGAAGCCGAUAUGCAGCAGGAGCAGGCGGAGCUUCGGAACCAAGCCGAAAAGAGCACAAAAGUAGCCGACUCAGAAGAUGACACCAUCCAUUUCUACGCCACGUUGGCUUUCAUCGUGGUGAUCAUCAUGAUCGGUGUGCCCAUGUGGUGGAAAACGACCGAAGUGUACCGAGUUCCGUUACCCUACGCGGAAAUUGAAUCGCUGAACGAUGUCCCCAUAAAGGCCACUUUCCGGAUGGGGCUCUUUGUGAAAUCCCAGGAACGACGAGACAUUCUGAUGUUCGAACUGAGCAAAAAAUUUGAAAACAACUUCGUGUUCAAUCUUCAAUUAGAGGAUUUUUCACUAGAUCCCACCCUCGUCGAAGCGGCAAAGACUCCUGCGGCGUUGGAGGCUGCCGUCUUGAAGAAACAUCCCCUAGGUUUAGGAGAGUUCGUCCUUAUCGAAUGGAAUAAGCUAGAAGACGACGUGUUAGUGACUUCUGAAAGAAGCGCCUUCAUAUCUGAGAGUGCCACGUCCCUGAAAAUCUUCCAAGUACUCUCUUCCUGGAUUUUGCAAGAGUACAAACUCAAAGCAAUUAUUGGUUCGCGUGACCUCCAAACUAGUCAUCACCGUCAAAUAAGGUUAAAUACGGCUCCGAUGCAACCGCACUAUGAGAUACUGAUUUCGGUGUUGAAUCCUCGUCCGGAUGUUCAGAAGAUUCACUGGAAUGCCCGUGCAGCGGCUGAGAACUACAUCGCCCCUUUCCUGGACGGUCUGUCCAUGAUUGCCAACUUCACCGUCAAAACCCAAUGGGUUUACCAGGUGGAAAUACAAACCCCCCAGAAGCAGAUUCCCGACGAAAAUUCGCUAAAGCGCCACUACGCAAUUCAGGAGGAUGCCCUGCCACAUGUGAUCACCGCAUUCGAAAAGAAACUUGGUAAUCAGAUUUCCAAUGACCCGGCGAUCCACCUGGUGGUGUAUGUUCCUCCCUGUGGAUUGGCUCCGUUGCGGAUCUAUCGCAAGGAUGGAACGCGUGUCUCCGAAAACAAUGUGGAGGCCUUCACCUCGGCUAAGUGGGGUGGAAUCGUGUUGGCCAAUCCUCCGGAGAACGCCAUUGCCAAAUGUUUGGAGGGUUCCGGUACGACGGAGUUCCACUUGAGCUCGCAAGACGUGAUGCCAGUGUUGUUGUACCAGCUGAGGAAGAUCUUCGAUCUGGAGAAUAAUAUCCCCCUACUGGACUGUACGAUCACCCCGUACACCUCGAUUGAACCCCGUGCCUGGGAGGUGGACAACUUCAUUCGUAGCAAUACCAUUUACCGAAUCCACUCGGCGACCCUGACGUUGCAAUCGCUGAUCCAGCUGCUCGGUGGCAUCGAUUACAUUGUCAUCGAUGAUCAGGUCGGAGCGGCCAUCAAAGAUGCCUACCAGCGGAUCGUAUUGGCCAAGGAACAUCUUCGGGAGAAUCGUUUGGCGGAGGCAGCCGCUGAAGCGAAACUGGCCUACGUUUCGGCCGAGCGGGCUUUCUUCGAUCCGAGCAUGCUGGCCCUGUUGUACUUCCCCAGUGAACAAAAGUACGCUAUCUACAUUCCGCUGUUCCUGCCGAUUAUGAUCCCGGUGAUCUUCUCGUUCAACUCGAUCAGCAAGUUCCUGAAGAAGCGGUUCGGUAAGCAAGGUAAACCAAAGACUGAGUAAUAAUUGGGGCAAGCGGGAAGUCAUCAAGUAGUCAGUAAGGUAGAUGCAGAUAUGUGUUUUAGAACUCCCUAAUUUGAACGAGUGGUGUGUAUUUACAGAACAGAACGAAGUUUACUGAAAUCCA